CAGCACUAACCCUGCGAAGUCCAUUCUUAACCGGUCGUCUCGGUCUGUUCUCGAAACCGGUCGAUGAGUCGGACGACGCGACCGACCUCCGCUCCAACCGCGGCCUCCUCCGGAUCUUCCUCCUCGCGCACUUCCCCCGAUCCGGAACUCGCGGUCCACGGCCCUCCACCGACCCGGAAUCUUCCUUCACGACCGACCCUUCCGACCCCAGGGAAUCCGCGUCCUCGAUCGACGUCGAGCUCGGCCCGAAAUUCCCAGUCCCUUCCUUCGAAGACGCUGACCCAGCCUGCCGACGCUUCUCCCGCAGGAUUGUCGCCAAAGCUCCUCGUUCAACCGGACGAUCCGGCUUCCCGUCCGGAAGAUUUGACUUCGCGUCCGGAAGAUCCGGUUUCAGGUCCGGAAGACCCGGUUUAACGUCCGGAAGACCCGGUUUCCCGUCCGGAAGAUCUGGUUCCGAUUCCUCCUCGUCAAGAUCGGUGACCUUCGGGUGGUCGUCCACAUACCAUCUGGUACACCCUCGCACUUCACCUUUCUUCUCCUCUGCGCUUACGAUCGAAAUUUCCGAUAUGGAUCUCGUUAAUUCCGGCGUGACGUCAGUUUCCG